AUGUGUAAUUUAAUCUGCAAAGCUUUGCACCGAGUCAAGUCUACUAUUAGGAAUUCGCCAACCCAUUAUUACAUCUGCUUCACUCAAAUCCAGUCCUUUUCAUCAUCUUUCGCGUCCAUUGAUCAAACAAAAAAUCAACACUCAUUCACAGUCAAUUACCUCAUAAACUCAUGUGGGUUUCCUCUAGAAAAGGCCAUAACAACAUCAAAGAAAAUCAGUUUCGAAACCCCAGAAAAACCCGACUCUGUAAUUGCAUUUUUAUGUAGCCAUGGCUUCACCAAAACCCAGGCCUCAAAUGUCAUUUUUAAGUACCCCAGAAUCCUUUCUUCCAAACCAGAAAAAACCCUUUUGCCGAAACUCGAAUUUUUCAAAUCUAAAGGCUUUUCAAGCACAAAUGUUGUCAAAAUACUGUCAACGACGCCGGAACUUCUUCAAAGAAGCUUACAGAACCAAAUCAUCCCAUCUUUCGAGUUCGUUAAGAAUUUGAUUGGAUCGGAGGAGAGAACGUUAUCUGCUAUUAAACAAUUUGCUGGGCGGCCGCUUUUGGUUGAUUUUGAGUCUCGGAUGUUACCCAAUGUUGACAUUCUCCGGGAGGUAGGUGUGCCAGAUGCAAAAGUCGCAUUCUUGUUGACGUGCCAACCUAGAGCAUUCAAGACGAGUUGUGAGAGAUUUAGACAGAUUGUGGAGGAGGUAAAGGGAAUGGGUUUUAACCCUAUGAGAGUGACCUUUGUUAUAGCAGUUCAAGCAUUGAGUUCAAUGAGUAAACCUGUGUGGGAGAAGAAGAUUGAGGUUUAUAAAAAGUGGGGUUUGUCCGAGGAUGAGAUUCUUGUGGCUUUUGGGAAGUAUCCGUGGUUCAUGAUGGUGUCCGAGGACAAGAUCACGAGGAUAAUGGACUUUUUGGUCAAUAAAAUGGGUCUAGAUUCUUCGUAUGUUUUAAAGAGGCCACAACUCCUAUCAAUGAGCUUUGAGAAGAGGAUUGUGCCGAGGUGUUUGGUUUAUCAAGCAUUGCAAGCAAAAGGUCUGAUUAAGAGACCAAAUAUUAGUCUUACGAUGCUGAGGUCUACAGAAAUGUGGUUUGUACAGAAGUUUGUGAAUUUGGCUAAGGAAGAAGCUCCUGACAUAUUGAAAUUGUACGAGGAAAAGUUCCAGAUUGCCACACCGAGUUCAGUAUGUAUAGCUUACCAAGUUUUUGUUUUUGAGGGACUUGGAAAGAACACUAAUAUUUGCUUGAACAGGCACGAGGAAGAAUCUUGCGUGCUAUUGAAGCUGUAUCAGGAAAGGUUCUCCAGAGUAAUUAGAUUAAGCAAUGGGUUGAUUGGAAAUCUAGGAAUCAGAAAGUUUUUCAGAGUUGUAGCUGCGAUAUGA